GAGGACCCAAAUGAUAUUGACCCCAAAAGGAAAGAAGUGCGUGGCAGCGAUGCGGAGGACAAAGCACAAAGUCUGGAGACGCUACCUCCAGGCAAAGUUCGGUGGCAGGACUUUGAUCAAGACGCCUAUGUUGGUGCUACUGUGGUACGAUCGGGUCAGGAUCCAUAUGCACGCAAUAAGUUCAAUCAGGUAGAGAGUGACAAACUGCGGAUGGACCGAAGCAUUCCUGACACCAGGCAUGAUCAGUGUCAGCGGAAGCAAUGGCGGAUAGAUUUGCCAGCCACCAGUGUGGUGAUCACCUUUCAUAACGAGGCAAGAUCUGCUUUGCUUCGAACUGUUGUCAGUGUCCUUAAAAAAAGUCCAUCACAUCUUAUUAAGGAAAUCAUACUGGUGGAUGACUACAGUAACGAUCCUGAGGAUGGUGCUCUCCUGGGAAAAAUUGAAAAGGUGCGAGUUCUUCGCAAUGAUCGCCGAGAAGGCCUGAUGCGCUCCCGUGUCAGAGGAGCAGAUGCAGCACAAGCUAAAGUGCUGACCUUCCUGGAUAGUCACUGUGAGUGCAAUGAACACUGGCUGGAACCACUUUUGGAAAGAGUAGCUGAGGACAAGACCAGAGUUGUGUCUCCUAUUAUUGAUGUAAUUAAUAUGGACAACUUCCAGUACGUGGGGGCGUCAGCUGAUUUAAAAGGCGGCUUUGAUUGGAACCUGGUAUUCAAGUGGGAUUACAUGACACCAGAGCAAAGAAGAGCACGGCAAGGAAAUCCAGUUGCUCCCAUAAAGACACCCAUGAUAGCUGGUGGGUUGUUUGUGAUGGACAAAUCCUAUUUUGAAGAACUAGGGAAGUAUGAUAUGAUGAUGGAUGUUUGGGGUGGAGAAAACCUAGAGAUCUCAUUCAGAGUUUGGCAAUGUGGUGGGAGCCUAGAAAUUAUCCCUUGCAGCAGAGUGGGUCACGUAUUCCGCAAGCAGCAUCCUUACACGUUUCCCGGUGGGAGUGGUACCGUGUUUGCAAGAAAUACACGCAGGGCAGCAGAAGUCUGGAUGGAUGAGUAUAAAAAUUUCUACUAUGCAGCAGUGCCUUCAGCCAGGAAUGUACCUUAUGGCAAUAUUCAAAGCCGAAUGGAGCUCAGAAAGAGACUUAGCUGCAAACCCUUCAAGUGGUAUCUUGAAAAUGUUUAUCCAGAGUUACGGGUACCUGAUCAUCAAGAUAUAGCUUUUGGGGCUUUGCAGCAGGGUACCAAUUGCCUUGACACAUUGGGCCAUUUUGCAGAUGGUGUUGUUGGAGUUUAUGAAUGUCAUAAUGCUGGGGGAAACCAGGAAUGGGCCUUAACAAAGGACAAGUCAGUGAAACACAUGGAUUUGUGCCUUACUGUUGUGGACAGAGCACCUGGUUCACUUAUAAAACUUCAGGGCUGUAGAGAAAACGACAGCAGACAGAAAUGGGAACAAAUUGAAAGCAAUGCUAAACUGAGGCACGUCGGCAGCAACCUCUGUCUAGACAGCCGAAAUGCCAAAAACGGUGGUCUCACUGUGGAGAUCUGCAGUCCUUCUUUGUCACAACAGUGGAAAUUCACACUUAACCUGCAGCAGUAG